CGUUCUAGGACCCGUCGAUACCUUAACCCUUCCUUCGACACCUGGACCUGCCUUGACCUUUGAUCCAAUCCCUGUACGUGUUCUGCCCCUUCACAGCCGGUCUAUAUAAAGGGUGUGUGACACUUCCAGGGCGCAGUCGUAAACGCAUCUCUAAAUAUGAAGGUUUUUCUUAUUGUGGCGCUGGCAGCCGCCGCUGUCGGCCAGCAGUUCCAGUUGCAAAGGCAGUAUGACACUGCCGUCCGCCUUGCCACUCCCGGGUACUUCCAGCAGGGUGGAAGCUUCACCUCACCUUCCUUCCGCAACACAAAUGGCCAACUGCAAGGCGAUUCCUUCCAGAACUCUUUCCAAACUGCCACUUCAGACAGCAACAGCUUCCGUCAGUCUGGACUCUUCCAGAACAGCAACCAGCUCCAAAGGAAUGCUGACACCAACACCAACCAGUUCCAGACUACUUCAUUCCAGCAGAGUUCCUUCGACUCGAAUGCCUACCAGCAGAACAGCGGAAGUCCAUUCCAGCAGAACUCAAACGCUCAGUCUGGCAACAGCUUCUUCCAGUCAGGUUCCAAUCAGUUUGGUUCCGACAACCGAUUCCAGACCAACACUAAUCAGAUCAAUUCCGGAAGCCGAUUCCAGUCCAGCUUCGACAACCAGAAUUCCAACAACCGAUUCCAAUCAAGCUUCGACAACCAGGAUUCCAACAACAGAUUCCAGUCCAGCUUCAACAACCAGGAUUCCAACAAUAGAAUCCAGUCCAUCUUCAACAACCAGGAUUCCAACCGAUUCCAAUCCACCUUCAACAACCUGGAUUCCAGCAACCGCUUCUCUCAGAACUCUCAGGCUAGUUCCUUCCUUGGAACCGGUUCGUCGUUCGAUUCCUCCAGUGACUCCGUCAGUGGAGUCUUCGAGCCUCUGAACCUUCCCUCCGGCGCCAGUGCCUUACUGGGAGGCAUCACCAGCUCCUUCAGCUGCCUCGACCGUCCCUACGGUUACUACGCUGACCAGGACAACUCAUGCCGUGUCUUCCACGUGUGCAACCCAACACUCUUCUCCAACGGCGCCGUCGAAACCUACCAGUACAGCUUUAUGUGCGGCGAGGGUUCCGUGUUCGACCAGAAGGAGCUGGCUUGCGUAGCGGAGUCGUCCGCCAUCCCUUGCCAGGAAUCCUCCAAUUACUUCUACACCAACGAGCAGUUUGGACGCCCUGAAGAUAAAUCAUUUUAAGAGAAUCAAAGACUGACCUUUACAAAGAAGGAUUAUUUUGUUCAUAAUCUGCUGCAUAAGCAAGAAGGUUAUUAGAGAAGUAAAUUUUCCAAUAAAUU